AUGGAAGAAAACGAGCUUGAAGAAGGAGAGGCUGGCCGUUUUCAGAAUGAUGGUGAUGAUUCCGCCAUUGACCCUGAUAUUGCCCUUUCUUACAUUGGGGAGAAACUCCAAAAUGUUCUUGGACAUUUCCAGAAAGAUUUUGAAGGUGGAGUUUCGGCUGAGAAUUUGGGGACAAAAUUCGGUGGCUAUGGUUCAUUUUUACCAACUUAUCAGCGGUCUCCUUCUUGGUCUCGUUUAAGGAGUUCACCUGGAGUUCAUAACUACAGUGGGCCCAGAUUCCCAAACAAUCAGCAUUCAGAGGAUGGUAGGGAAAACUCAGUUGCUUCGACAAAUGCUUUUCCAUCGGCAAGGCCUGGAGAAUCUUCAGGAAAGACUGCAACCAUACACGAUUCUGUGAAAAGGGAUGUCUCCACCCCUUCUACACAUGCUGAAGAGCUCGCUUCAAAUGUUGGCCUUGUCAAGAAGUCUGGUAAUCCUUCUGAACAGAGAACUUUGAAGGUCCGAAUCAAAGUUGGUGCUGAAAAUUUGUUGACAAGACAGAAUGCUGAAAUCUACAGUGGACUUGGUCUGGAUGUAUCUCCAUCAUCUUCAUUAGAUGAUAAUCCCGUAGUUAGUGAAGGUUUACGUGGCAACAAUCAGGAUUUGCCAGACGAGUCUCCUACUAGUAUUCUUCAGAUUAUGACAUCAUUUCCUGCCCACGGGAGCCUCCUUUUAUCCCCUCUAUCUAAUGAUCUCUUAGAAAAAGGUAAGCUUAGCGGGGAAAGUGAAUCCAAACUCGUGCGCAAAGAAACCUUGGAAAGUACUGGGAUGUUAUUCAUUGGAUCUCUUUCUAGUAGGAGUAAUAAAAAAGCUUUAAACCAGAGGAAAUGGAAAUCAUCUGAAAAAGACCGUGCAUUUCCCACACAAUUGAUAAAUGAGAAGAGCAAUGAUAGUCUGCUGAAGAAGGAAACUGAUAUUGACAUUUUAGGUUGUGAGGAACUUGUUUCUAAUACUCUUAAACUCCCUCUUUUAAUGAGUUCACAGCAUGGUGUUGGCGAUCAUACAAAAGGUAUUUCUAAGGAAGUUGAUAUUUCUGCUAGCGAUGGUGUGAAGGACAAAACCUGCUCUGGACCGAUAAAGAAGGAGCUCUUGGGGAGUUUGUUUGUUCAAGAUACUGACAGGGUUGAGAAGUACGAUGAAGAUCUGCAUCCACCUGAUAAGGUUUGGGAAAGUAAAAAUGCAAAUUUCGGGAUUGACAGUGCAGCUUGUCCACAGAAUGAUGGCCACAAAGCAGAAAAAGCUCAAUUUGAGUCAAAUUUCUGUAAGGGGAGAAAGGAUCCUGGUGCUGAAGCUACUAAUCCCUCAAAACAAUUAGCAGUUCAGAAAGAAGCAUCCAGUACUGAGGAAGGUGUGAAACCAACUCCUGGAAAGGAGCACUUAUCUUCAGGGUCCAGGAAGAAAUCAAAAGGAGUUCAGAGUGGAGGUUCUCAAGGUUCAGAUGUUUCAAAAGAUCAGUUAAUGCUUGAUUCUUCUUUGAUGCCUAAAAAUAGGAAGAGCUCUCUUGGUAACAAUCUGACGUCUAAAAAUGAUUCACUGGAUUUCAAGAGGCACCCUGGAAAGCUUGGAGACAGAUAUAAGGACUUCUUUGGAGACCUUGAGCUUGAAGAAGAAGAUAGCGAAUCGAUUUCAGGAGAAAUGCCUUCCUCGAGAAGGCUGAAGGACUCUCAGCUAGUUGAAAAAAGAAGCGAUUGCCACAGUGCAUUGAAGGAGAAAAGCGAUGAUAAAAAAAUCAAAAAACCAUCUCCCUACUCUGCAGUGGCUUCGAGUAUGGCUCCUCAAACUGUAAGUGGACCCACUUCUGAUGCUACCCCUGCAGGAGUGGCUCCUGUCGUCCAAGAAGAUUGGGUCGAGUGUGAUAGGUGUCAACAGUGGAGACUUCUUCCACUUGGUAUAAAUCCUCAGAGUCUUCCUGAUAAAUGGCGUUGUAGGAUGCUCACCUGGCUGCCUGGAAUGAACCACUGUAGUAUCCCUGAGGAGCAGACUACAAAGGCUUUACGUGCGCUCUACCAUCUUGCUCCUACUUCAGCUCCUGCCCCUGCUUCUGAGAGUCAACAGAAUCUGCUUAAUUAUUCUGCUAGGACUUUGUUGGGAGUAUCAUCAGUUGACACUAAGUGUUUCGGUCAAGACCAACAAAAUAUUGGUUCCCAAGACAUAAAUAUAAUUAGUGGGAAGAAAAAAUAUGGGUCAAUAGACGUGACAAAUUCAACUGACUUAGAUGAUCCCACUCACUUUUUGGACUCUCAGAAAAAUGACGUAAAGCUAUCAGGCAAAAAUGGAGCAAGCUACUCUCCUUCUGUUGGUGCAUAUCAGCAUUUGGGCCACUCUAGAAGUGUAGUUGGAGAGAAGCACAAGGAUAAUAAGAAAGAGAAAAAAUCAUCACUAGAAGGCCACUCUGAUAGAGGUACAAAUUCAAAGGUAAAGAAUAAGAGAGGGUCUGAUUCAGAGAGUUUCAGAAUAUCUAAAAAAGUUAAGAGUGAGAAUGUACAUUUUGGCGAUGGAAAUUGGACCUCUGACAAUGGUGGAGAAUCCUCAAAAGCAGGCCAUAGUUCGAAUAGUGGUUUGCUAAAUAAUGCCGUAGGGACUAAUAGGAGCAAAUAUGCCAACCCUAAGGAUUCCAGGGGUGAUGCAAAGAAAUCAGCUAAGAAUCCAGAAGCCAAUAAAACAGGGACUUCAGAUGAUGGUUUGCUGUGUAUGACCCAAUACGAUCAUCAAGACUGUGUUAAAAAGAGGAAGGGGAAUGAACAUCAAGAUUUGCCUAGUGCAGAACAACAUCCCAAAGACACUGAGGGUUUUGUCGAAGAAACCCAUGAAAGUAACCAUGGGAAAGAAAAGAAAACAAGAAUAUCCAAGUCCGAGGGAAAAGACACCAGCAGAAGCAACGGCAAUGUAAGAACGGACAAAAAAGGUAGGAGUAUGAAAGACCAACCAAUUGAAAAUGCUGCAGAUUAUAUGAAAAGUAGUAUGGGUUCUCUACAGUUCUCUGUUGCUGCCAAUUCAAGCUCUUCAAAGGUUUCGGGGUCGUGUAAAAACAAACCUAGUGUCCAUGAAAUGAAAGGUUCCCCGGUUGAAUCAGUGUCUUCAUCCCCUUUUAGGUAUCCUGAUGCAGAUAAGUUUUCAUCAACAGGAAGGAACCAUGUUCACAAAGAUGAGUUUCAGGAUAGUGAGAUUUUGACUAUGGCUAGUACAGGAAGGUUUUGGGGUGGUGAAGAUAACGGGGGUGAUGAGCGACCUGGAAUGGUGAUAAAGGACACAACUCGCAACACCACCCGUCACGAUUCACGAGAGUCCCAUGUGCUUGAAUUUUCAAAUGGGGAUUUGAGUCAACCAUCUGAUGGUCAAGGUAAUGAGGAAUGCCAAGAUGAAGAAAGAGUAAAUACUCAGAACAGUGGGCAUCAGACAAAGAAGUAUGGAAAGGGGUAUUCUUCGCGGUCUAAAGACAAAAAUCAUAAUUCUAGAUCAGACAUCGAUAAAGGUAAAAUAAAGAUUUCGGAUUCUUCCCUUGAAUCGGUUGAUCAUUUGCAUUCCUACGAGGAAAAAUUGAAGAGCAGACGAAACAAUUGGGACGAAAAAUUUCUCACUCCUGAUAAGGCGGACAAGAUAUUCAUUUCUAAGAAUGAUUCUGCUAAAGGAAUAGUGAGUGAUAGUGGUAAAGGAGAAAGUCAGCUAAAAUUUGCAGGCCAUAAUGGUUCGGAUGUUAGAUUAGAUGUUACUAAAGGCCACGAUAAAAAGCAAAAACUUCAGUGGGACCAUGAUGACAAAAAAUCAUCCAAAAAGCUUCUAUCUGGUAUAAGUGACCGGGUGGGGUUUGAAUCCAAUGGGAGAGAAAAGUCGCACUCACUGCCACCCUUAGCAAGAGGACAGGCUGAAACACUACCAAGUAUGUCUGGAUCUAAGAAAGAAAAUGGAGAAAACAUUUCGGCAAUUGAUGCAUUUGAAAAUGGUGAUGCAUCAAAGGCUCAUAGACAGGGUAAAAAAGCUGAGAUGAGUGGAAACCAGCCCUUUAGUACCAGACAUCCCACUCCAGAAGUGCGCAAGGGUGGGGAUCUUGAAGCCCCAAGUCCCAAUCGAAGGGAUUCCUCCAGUCAUGCUGCUAUGAAUGCUGUAAAAGAGGCAAAGGCCCUUAAACACAUGGCUGAUCGUCUCAAGAGUUCUGGAUCAACUGACAGUACAGGACUCUACUUUGAAGCUGCCCUCAAGUUCCUCCACGGGGCAUCUUUGUUAGAAUCUGGAAACAGUGAGAGAACCAAGCAUAAUGAGACAAGUCAGUCAACUCAAAUGUAUAGUAGCACGGCAAAACUCUGCGAGUUUUGUGCUCAUGAGUAUGAAAAGUUGAAAGACAUGGCUACUGCUGCCCUGGCCUAUAAAUGCAUGGAGGUUGCAUACAUGAAAGUAAUCUAUUCUUCACAUACUAGUGCAAGCAGGGAUCGAAAUGAGUUGCAAACUGUUCUGCAAAUUGUACCCCCUGGUGAAUCUCCUUCCUCUUCGGCUUCUGAUGUUGACAAUGUGAACAACCAAUCAACUGUAGACAAGGCUGCGUUAGCCAAAGGUGUUAGUUCGCCUCAAGUUGGUGGAAGCCAUGUUAUUUCUCCAAGAAAUCGUUCUAGUUUCACAAGGCUACUUAACUAUGCACAGGAUGUUAGUUUUGCUAUGGAAGCCUCCAGGAAAUCUAGAAUUGCUUUCACAGCUGCUAAUCCAAGACUUGGAGAAACACAACCUAGAGAGGGUGUCUCUUCUGUCAAAAAGGCACUUGAUUUUAAUUUCCAAGAUGUGGAUGGAUUAUUACGACUUGUUCGGCUCAAUCUAAGGCGGGCACGAGAAUUGCAGUUCCAGGUUUUUUCUUACACUUACCACUCUCAGAAUGUAGGCAAUUUCCUCGAGUUGUUGAUAAAGACAAGUAGAAAUAAGUUGCUGAAACGUGAGUCAUCGAUAGGGGUCCUCCCUCGAAGAGAGACAUGUAGCCCUAUCCACUUGGCGAAGCUCUCUUAUGCUUCAGUGAAGCACUUUGAUUCUAUCGAAGCAUUUAUUAUGCAUGCAGUUCAUGAAAACCUCAUCUUGGUGUGUAUACUAUUUCUUGUUUUCCUGGUGAAAAAAACUACAGCUACACUGCCUUUUGCUUUCCAUUUCUCAGUAAAUGCUAAGUUGUGCACUGCUGCCAUGAUUCAUGAGUGUGUGCAUGCGAGCACAGGAGUGCUGCCUAAGUAUUUCAACUCUGAUCGAUCAGUUGCUCAGUUUCGUUUGCCUGAAGGUGCUCGAUGCAUUGUUGCAUUUGGUAACCGAGAGAAUAAGAUACUAAUUCUUUGCUCGGAUGGAGUUUUCUAUCUGUGCAAGUUUGACCCGUCACUAACUUCUGGCUCUGGUAUACACUUCACAAACUCUGUACUCAUGGCAAUCAAGGUUCAUGGUGGCUUGUUCUCUACUGCAACAAUGAGAGUUUUAGCGUGUCUCGAAGAAAAAGAGCUCGACUACGAGUUCGUCCCAGUUAACCUACGGGCUGGAGAGCCAAAAAGGGAGCCUUUUCUGUCCCUUAAUCCAUUUGGUCAAGUACCAGUCCUUGAAGAUGGUGACUUGAAGCUCUUUGAAUCGAGGGCUAUUACCAAAUACAUUGCGUACAAAUAUGCCAGUAAGGGAACACCUCUCAUAAGCCAGGAUCCAAAGGAAAUGGCAAUGGAGUGUGUGUGGAUGGAAGUGGAAGCGCAGAGAUAUGAAAAUGCAGCAGCAAAACUCACAUGGGAACUCUGCAUAAAGCCGAAUACCGGCAAGCCUACAGACGAGGCCGUGGUGGAAGAGUACGAAGAAAAACUGGCUAAAGUUCUGGACGUAUAUGAAGAUCGAUUGGCGAAGUCCAAAUACUUGGCUGGAGAUUGUUUUACUCUUGCAGAUUUCCAUCAUCUUCCCACUAUAAACUACUUGAUGGGCACCAAAAUAAAAGCACUGUUUGAUUCUCGCAUUCACGUGAACAGCUGGUGUACAGAUAUAAUAGCAAGGCCUGCUUGGAAGAAAGUCUUUGCCAUGAAAGAAUACAAAUGA